AAAUAGUGUGUGUGAGAGAGACACACACACGGUGCGGGAGGGUGGCUCCUCGGUUCCCUCACACGCGUAUACACUCUCCAGACCUGCCAGCGCCGCCUGCCUGCCUGCCUCUCUUACACACUCGUACACACUUUCUUUGCGCGCGCGCGCGUGUGUGUAUGUGUGUCUAUCGCUCAGUGUCAGGCCUGUGACUUCUUCGAGCCCGCACAGCGCCCGGCCCGGCCUGGCCCGGCCGCUGCCUCCUGCAUGUAUUUACUGCCCUCAGCCCCGCCGCCUGAGCAGCCGCCUCAGCCCCGUCGACAGACGCCCAGGGUGCUGGAUGCAGACUAACAGGGAUGCCAAAGGAAAAAUAUGAUCCUCCAGAUCCUCGCAGAAUUUACACCAUCAUGUCAGCAGAGGAGGUAGCCAAUGGGAAGAAGUCCCAUUGGGCAGAAUUGGAAAUCUCGGGUAGAGUGCGGAGCUUAAGUAUGUCACUUUGGUCACUAACGCACUUGACUGCUCUCCACCUCAAUGACAACUAUCUGACUCGCAUUCCACCUGACAUUGCCAAGCUUCAUAAUCUGGUUUACCUGGAUCUCUCAUCCAACAAACUCAGAAGUUUACCAGCAGAACUAGGAAACAUGGUAUCUCUCAGGGAAUUGCUUUUAAACAACAAUUUGUUACGAGUUUUGCCUUAUGAACUUGGACGGCUCUUCCAGCUACAAACACUAGGUUUGAAAGGCAAUCCUUUAUCACAAGAUAUUCUCAGCUUGUACCAGGAUCCAGAUGGGACACGGAAAUUACUGAACUACAUGCUUGACAAUCUAGCAGUUCAUCCGGAGCAGCUGCCUCCAAGGCCAUGGAUUACAUUAAAAGAACGAGACCAAAUUCUGCCCUCAGCUUCAUUUACCGUCAUGUGUUACAAUGUGUUGUGUGAUAAAUACGCCACCCGACAGCUCUAUGGCUACUGCCCAUCCUGGGCAUUAAAUUGGGAAUACAGAAAAAAGGGAAUCAUGGAAGAAAUUAUGAACUGGGAUGCAGAUAUCAUUAGUCUUCAGGAAGUAGAAACUGAGCAAUACUUCACCCUCUUUCUGCCAGCAUUAAAAGACCGUGGAUACGAUGGAUUUUUCUCUCCAAAGUCACGUGCCAAAAUCAUGUCUGAGCAGGAGCGAAAGCAUGUGGAUGGUUGUGCAAUAUUCUUCAAAGUAGAAAAGUUCACGUUGGUGCAAAAGCACACAGUAGAGUUCAACCAAGUGGCGAUGGCAAACUCUGAAGGAUCAGAAGCUAUGCUGAAUAGAGUGAUGACAAAGGACAACAUUGGAGUUGCUGUAGUGUUAGAGGUGCAUAAGGAACUGUUUGGGACAGGUAUGAAACCACUUCAUACGUUGGACAACCAGCUGCUUAUUGUAGCUAAUGCCCAUAUGCAUUGGGAUCCUGAGUAUUCAGAUGUAAAACUUGUCCAGACUAUGAUGUUUGUCUCAGAACUGAAAAGUAUCCUUGAGAAAGCCUCUGGCAGGCCUGGAAGCCCGACAGCAGAUACGAAUUCCAUCCCACUGGUGCUGUGUGCGGAUCUCAACUCACUGCCUGAUUCAGGUGUUGUGGAAUACUUAAGCAAUGGAAUAGUAGCCGACAACCAUAAAGACUUCAAGGAAUUGCGGUAUAAUGAGUGUCUCGUGAACUUCAGCGGCAAUGGGAAGAACAGGGCUUCUGAAGGAAGGAUCACUCACGGCUUCCAGCUCAAGAGCGCCUAUGAAAACAACUUGAUGCCUUAUACGAAUUACACCUUUGAUUUCAAAGGUGUGAUUGACUACAUUUUUUAUUCCAACACUCACAUGAACGUGCUUGGUGUCCUGGGGCCUUUGGAUACUCAGUGGCUGGUUGAGAACAACAUCACCGGGUGCCCCCACCCUCACAUCCCUUCAGACCACUUUUCACUGUUGACGCAGCUCGAGCUCCACCCUCCGUUCCUGCCUCCUGUCAAUGGCAUCCACUUGCCUAGCAGGAGGUAGUGGAGCCCCGCCCCUUUUGAGGGCUGGGACCUGUUCGUUUGUUUAUGGACCUGUACAGUUGUAAAUCAAAGUACGUAGGAGUGAAGUAUGGCCAACCUUUUAAAAGCUGCUGCUUCAAGCUCCUUUCAUUAUGUGUGUGGAUGAUACGAUUUUGCACAUUUUGGGUGCAUAUUGGUACCAUUUGGCACUAGGGCUGGAACCAAAGUUGUUGUUUGUUCCCUUUUCCAGGUUUUUUGAUUUUAAUAUAUAUACACACAUACAUAAACACACACACACACACACACACAUUUUAAACUGGCAAGCUUUAUUUGUUUCAUUGGGAAGCUGCCGUUAUAAAAGGACAAAUCAGACAGGAGGACUUGCAUAUAUGUAUACAUCCAUAGCCGAUGCUUUAUUUCAGAUCCUAACAAAAUGAGCCGUCCCUCCUUCUCCCAACUCUCUCCCUUUUUAAAAAAAAGCAACACCACCAUCCUGAAAUAGAGGAGAUACAAUUGAUGCAUUGGAUCUGUUAGGAAACGUUUAUAAUUGGGAAUAGCACUUACUGGGUUUGUACAUUAUUCAAACUGUACAAACUGCUGUCGCCUCCCCUGCUGGAAUAUCACAUUAAUUUAGAAAGCCCAAAGUGGUGCAGGACAUAAGACUUCCUGCCACAGGAAAAAAACAAACCACACACACACACACACAGGUUGCUCCCAUGGAGAAUUUGCCCCCGAGCAUCUAAUUGCAUAUAGGGCCAAUCCACCAUGGUCUGCUGUUCUACACAACCUCCCCUUUCGGGAUCCUUAAGAGUUUACAUCUUGUGCAAGCCUCAUCGAAGCAAACAGGAGUUUGCAUGCAGCAGGCAGCUUUUCCUGCUGCACAUCUCUGACCCAAUGAACCAUGUGAGUUAUUGUGUAUACCAAGUGCAAACAUAUUCUAACUCAAUCCACAGCUGUCCCUCCACCUUUUUCUUUUAAACUGCAAUCCUAUUCUCCUUUGGAAUUAUUCGGCCAAUCAAGGUAACAGGGGUGUAGGGAGUUACACAGCUUGUUUCUGCCUCCUCCAUGCAAUGAGAAGUGGCUUUUCUGGGUGCACUCCCCCCCCCCCCCCAUGAUGGUGAGAAAGUGUUAGCCAUAAUCAUUCCUCAAAUUACUAUUUUUCCUGACCCUAGUCGCCAAAUAGCCAUCUCAUGCUUUUAUUGAUCCUUUUUGUUUCGUUUUUCUGUUUUGUUUUUCAAGGUGGAUUAGAAAAAACAACGACUCUGCUGGUUAUAUUCCCAACAUUUAAUUGCUCUCUUUAAGAUGUACAUGGAAUUCUUUUUCUUUUCCCAUGCUCCUGGUGGCCAUUUUAAAGCCGUUGUGCCUCCAGAGAUCGAAAAAAAAUCAUAAUGCCAUCUCUUUAGAAAGCUUUGGCUGCAAUCCGUCACAGGCAGCUGCUGAGCAGCCUCUCUGUUCAUUGUGGCGGGCCUUGGGCAGAAUUUAAUACAUAGCCGAUCGAACUACUUGGAGGUUGCUUAACCGUGGCCUUUUGGUGGAUUGAGCCUUGCUUCACAUUUCAAACAGCAACAACAAAGGCAAAACGACAAGGAAAGGUGUUUUUAAGUUUUUCUGUAUUCUGCUUCUUUGCUGCUAUGUAAGAUUCCUUAAGCUUAUAUUUUAAACUUUUCAUGCACUUUACUGUUUCUAGUCUCAAAAUGUGAUAUUUUUAAUAAAUGAGAUUUUUUUUCCAUUAUGUGAAUGAAAAUUUUUAAAGAGCCUAUAUUUGUCUCAUUCAUAUACACUUAAAAAAAGAAAAUAAAAAAGAGUUAAACAGUCAAAUUCGUUUUAAAUCCUAAGGCACUGUCUGUUGUAUAAAACGUAUAUCGUAAGCUAUGUUUUCUCUCCUACUUCCCCAUUUGCUAGCUAUGUAGAAAAACCACAAUAGAAAUUUUGAAUCAGGCUAAAGUAGGAAGUAGAACUCCCUCUUUUUUGUUUUUGCGGGGAUGAUGGAAAGGAACGAUGUGCUUCAGUGAAAACCACAAUUCGCUUUCAAAAGUGCCUACAGCUAGAGAGGCUUUUGCCUUCGUUGGCCUUCAGAACGGGUUGCAUUUGCAUGAAAAAAACCCCCACCAGGAUGGAUCUUCGAACACGUAUCUGCCAUUGAAAACGGCAGCCCUAGCUUCAAUUCCCUCUUUGGUAACAUGCAGCAGAAUUUCCCCUGCAGCCCGCUGUCAUUUCAAGGUGUGCUUCCCCGCCCUUCACUCCACAUCAUUGGCUUCCUCUGGCAGUGGAGGGGAGAGAUUCGACACCACUACAUCAGCACAAGGAGCAAGUUGUAUUAGCUGCAAGGAAUGUGUGGGACUUUCCACUGAGCUGCCGUUUUCAACAGCAGAUGUCUUCUUUCCAUCCAAAGUGUAAAAUUGGUUGUGAAGCAUGAUACGUUUUCUCCUUUCCCUCCCCACCCCCAAUAUUGGUGCAGGUAUCUCUUCUUAUAUACCUCAAAAGUGUUACAUGGCCAUGUAUAUAUAAAUUGACAAAAGCAAUUACAAUAUAGUACUGGAAAGUAGAUUCGCAUGAAAAACUUAAUUUUGUGAACAUUCGCCUUUUCAGUUUUUGUAAGGAUACAAUCUACUGGGAAGUUCUCCUGCUGUUUUACCCAUUGAAAUGAAUGAGAGCUGCCAACUCCUGUUUAUUUCAAUUAGGCUUGGCUAGAAGAACAUCUUGGCUGGGUUGCACUCCAAGUCAUCUACUGUAUCUUCAUUUUGGAGGCAUUUUUUAAAAAAUGUUCUUUCCUGCUCUGGAGGUAUGCACUAACAAUUUCCCUCCUUCUCAUAUGUGCAUGUUAACUAGCAAUGUGAGCAAUAUUUCCUACCAUACUUCACUCCCAACUAUUUUUUGAGAUGUUUGUAUAAAAUGGAGUUUAAAAAAAAAUCUGCCUGUGAUUGUAUAUGAACUGCAGAGGAGCCGGUUUAUUAAAUAAUACAAAAACAUGCAAUCUUUUGUAAUGUUGUUGGGAGGGGGAGGGGAAAUGAAAUAAAAAAAGAUUGGGAAACAUUGUAAA